AUGGAAUCUAAAAACACAUACGACUUUGUCAUCGUCGGAGGUGGCCCAGCUGGUUGCACCGUGGCUGCGGGGCUCGCCAAAUCAGCCCAAAGACCUAAAGUUCUACUUCUUGAAGCAGGUGGGCGCAAUGAUGACAAAGCUUUGCGAGUGAAUGGAAAGCGUUGGACGACAUUGAGGGAACCAAGCAUGAACUGGGGGUACAGGACCACACCACAGGAAUAUUGCAAUGGGCACGAUGGCGACUAUUCCCGUGGAAAGGGUCUGGGAGGUAGCUCGGCAAUCAACUUCGGGGUCUUUGCUAUAGGCGCGCGGGAUGACUACGAUGAGUGGGCAUCUGAGGUGGAUGACGAUACCUUCGGAUGGAAGGAGAUGCAUAUCCGCUACAAGAAUUUGGAGACCUUCGAUGGUCGUGUACUUCCAAAAAAUCAGAAAUAUGUCCGUUCGGUUGCUUCCGACCACGGCCACUCGGGUCCCUUGCGCGUCGGGUAUGCCCAGGAUUGGGAAAGGGACUUGGCACCCACGCUGGAUGCAUUCGAAGUGGCUGGACACAAGCUCAACUUGGAUCACAACUCCGGCAAUCCCCUUGGCAUGGCUGCAACAAUCAAUUCUGCUUGGAAGGGAGAGCGUACCACGGCUGUUGAUAUGUUUGAAAAUGUUCCUCAUAAUCUUGUCGUUGUCACAGACAGCCCAGUACAGCGGGUCUUGUUGGAAGGCAAAAAGGCCGUUGGAGUAGAGGCUCAGGGCACAAAGUACUUCGCUUCUCGAGAUGUGAUUCUUUCUGCAGGCACACUCGACACCCCAAAGAUUCUAAUGCACUCUGGAAUCGGACCGGCUAAAGAGCUUGAGAAGUUCAACAUUUCAGUGGUCAACGAUCUACCCGCCAUUGGCCAGGGUCUCCGAGACCACUACUUGGUUCCUCUGGUUCUUGCCCGUAACCCUGAGACAAAUGACCGCAAUUCCUUCUUCAAAGAUCCCGCCGCCAUGGAGGCUGCAAUGAAAGAGUGGCUUCACGACAACACCGGCCUAUGGAACCGAUACUGCUGCCAGAUCGGCACCGGCUGGUUUAAAUCAGACCGUAUCACCGCCUCGCCCGAAUUCAAAGCGCUUCCAACAUCCGUGCAAGAGUUCCUGAACCGCGAAACCAUCCCCCACUACGAGAUAGCCACCCACAUGCCCCUCCAUUGCAUGAAGCCCGAAAUGUUCAAAGAUUACAGCUAUAGCUGUCUUGUAGCAUUCAUGAUAAACGAACAAUCCCGCGGCGAAGUGCACCUGCAGUCCUCUGACCCAGACGUCCCGCUGCUGUUCGACCCGCGGUUCCUCGGACAUCCAUACGAUCGUCGCGCUUGUAUCGAAAUUUAUCGGCACCUGCUCGAUGUCAGUAGACAGGAGUGCUUUGCGAAGGACACUAUCUCAACGCUGAUGGGGCCUGCGUCUGAUUCCGACGAGGACAUCCUCGAGUUCUGGAAGAACACGCUCUGUUCCAGCUGGCACAUGACUGGCACGGUGAAGAUGGGCAAGACUGGUGCCAGUGAUGCUGCUGUUGACACGCGUUUCCGUGUUCGGGGCAUGGAGAACCUCCGCGUUGCUGAUAUGAGUGUUGUUCCUGUCCUCACUAAUAACCACACCCAGGCUACUGCUUACGUGACUGGUAUUACUUGUGCUGAUAUCCUUAUCAAGGAAUAUGGCCUCGAUAAACAGUAA